GGCAGCAGAGACUCGCUGCUGGAGCUGAUUAUAAUCCGCGAAGAAGAACAGCAAGUGACGUCACCAGGCAACAGAACACGUCAGACAUGGCGACAGGAGUGGAUCAGGCUGUUGGAAUGAGUCUCGUCAUCUUCAGCCUCCUGUUGUUUACAUACUACUCAGUGUGGGUCAUCGUCCUGCCUUUUGUCGACGGUGGUCAUGUUUUGCACAAGUAUUUUCUUCCUCGGGAGUAUUCGGUCAUUCUGCCUGGGAUUGCAGCUGUAAUACUGCUCCUCUGUAUCGGAGCCUUCACUGCACUUCUCAUGUGGAAAAAUCGAAAACCAAAGAAAGUGGACUAACCCGAGGACGAUUGAUUGACUGUUGUAGAUUUAAACACAUGAAAACAGCGUCUAUGGAGGCCCCGCCCACAGAAAAACCACCUUCAUUGUCUAUUAAUGACGAACGAAGAACAACCUGAAGGACGACGCUGAUGCUGACAAAGUUCGAUUUUGUUAUAAAGAGAUUAAUUUUAUAUUUUCACUUUAGUUUGAGGUGAUGAGUUGGAGUCAGCUUCUGUCUUUUGAAGCCAGUUUGAGACGUUGAUGCUGCCCCCUGCUGGUUCAAGUAAGAUUUACUAUUUCUUAAAGAUCCAAUAAACUGUCUUGAAAACUUGCUAAGCUAACGAGGCUAAAAUCAGCCCAUAAUGCAUCAGGAUGUCAAGAUUCCAGCUUGAAAGCAGCACGACUCUUAACUCUGUAAAUACUGUGACAUGUUGUAGAGCAGGCAGAUUUUAUUGUGCGUAAACGUGACGUGUGGAACGAUCUCAGCUCAAUAAUAAAAAUAAAAUGGACAUGUGGUGUUAAUUAAAAACAGACCCGUCGA